CCGAUCAAGUUUAUCCGAUCUCGAGGUUCCCGCGACGACUCCAUUCUGAGCUUCGGUAUCGUGGAAUCGGUCUUGCCCCCAGCUAAGCUGUCGCAACAAUCACCCGACGACACCCGACACGGUCAAUUGACACCUCAAAAUGUCCUCCGCCGCGACUCCCCGAUUCUGGGCCGGGCCCCUUCGAUACUGCCGCUGGGCCUCCCGCGAGAAGCCCGCCUACUUCUGGUCCGUCGUCAUUGGCGCCCUUGGCCCCAUUCAGCUUGUCAUUGUCCCUCCCGUCAGGAACUUCCUCGGCGACUACAACGCACCGCCAAUCCCCGUGACGUACCCUGUCCCUACCGGGCCCAGGAAGCAGCUGUCAGGCUACGAUGACGAAUGACCACAGCCGAAUCAUCAAACAUGGAAGUGGACAAAAAUUAAAGCAACGGUGCUUUGUAAAUACGAUGGCGUUUGAGCUUCAGACGGCAAGCAUGGGAGAACUGGGGCUCUGGGUGAGCUACCGAAUCGGAACUGUAGCUCACGGGGUUGUUCCCCAGGAAGGACCGAGAACAAGGGUUACGCUGUACACUAACUCUCAUGCCAAGCCCCGUCAAUUCACUUAGAGUACGCGCAA